AUGAAGGUCCUCGUAGUUUUGGUUCUGGCCAUGGCCGCUGCAUCCGCUGGGCUCCUGCCCCAGAUCACGCCUGUGCAUCCUCGAGACAGGAUCACAAAACCAACCAUCAAUGGACGCAUAACAAACGGAAAGAAUGCAGUUGAGAAUCAGUUUCCCUACCAAGUGGGACUCAGCUUCAUCGGGUUGAAGGGAAGCUGGUGGUGCGGUGGCUCCAUCAUCGACAACUCCUGGGUGCUCACUGCUGCUCAUUGUACUGCCGGUGCCUCAUAUGUAACCGUCUACUAUGGAGCGACCGUCCGAUCUAGUCCCCAGUUCACCCAGACUGUCUCCAAGUCCGACUGGAUCCAGCAUGCCAACUAUGUUUCCAAGACUGUCAGCAACGACAUUGCGCUGAUCAAGACUUCACCCGUGUCCUUCUCGGCUUCCGUGAACAAGAUCAAUCUGCCCGCCAUCGCCAGUAGCUACUCCACCUACGUGGGAGAGACUGCAGUUGCCUCCGGUUGGGGAAGGACCGCCGAUACGGACACCGGAGCUACAAAGAAUCUGCAGUUCGCUGACCUGACCGUUAUUCCCAACUCCGUGUGCCAGAAGACCUAUGGAUAUUUGGUGGUCACUAGCAAGGUUAUCUGCGUCGACACAUCCAAUUCCAUCUCCACCUGCCAGGGUGAUUCUGGUGGUCCCUUGGCUCUGGAUGGUACUCUAAUUGGUAUUACUUCCUUUGGAGCUGAGGACGGCUGUGAGAUUGGUCUUCCAGCUGCUUUUACCAGGGUAACCAGCUACUUGAAUUGGAUCCAGGACAAUUCCGGCAUCGUUGCUUAG